AGUGCUUAUGCCCUCAAAAUACCUUCACAACGUUUUCUGAAAACAUCUCAAAUGGUCUCAUUCUUCCCCAUAAGCAAAUUUCCACCAUAAACAACGCAAUGUUAUUGAGAUUUCUCCACAACUACUAAACAAGUCGUUUUAAUGAGAGAAAGAGGAGGACAGCACAACAUUUAUGUCAAAUGUGAUACUGCACGAUCUCUGUUGUGCUCAUGGCAAAAAAUACAAGUUCCUCCUCAGUCUUAGAAAAAUGGGAUUCCGUACCAAAUGAACAGCCAUCCGAACCCAUUUUUAAAACCCCUUCACCUUUUUGGAAUCAGGAUUUAAUAUACAGAAGAUCUAGACAAGUACGUGAAUCCACACCUGGUGUUGUCACAGAUGGGUUUAACUUGUAUACUUACAGGUGUGAUUUAGGCUCUGUCACGACCCCAGACCUCUCUUGUGUUAUAGGAGCAAAUCAGAUCCACCCUUCACCGAGUCUGAACUCUACUAGCAGUAGAUAUCUACCACCUUCAUCGAAAUUACUUGUCAGGGACCCAAAUACGCUGCACAGUAUUGGAAGGGGCACAACAUACUGGAGUUAUUUAACUCCAGAAGUAGGACAUGGACUUGUCAAAGGUUUCAGAAAGCUGUAUAAUCCACAAAUUGACCCAUUGUCAGCUUCAUAUUUUUAUAGAGGGGUUGUUAGGGAUACUCUAAGAAGAGAUAUUCCAAAUGAGGAAGUCAAAAUGUGCAUGCAAAAAGAGAGACCGAGAUAUUCACAUUGGUACCACGAACCACAAAGUCAUAGAAUCUGCUCUAAAAGAGAUCGUGAGAGACAUUAUGUGAAAAACAACCCACUGCUAGGUUCUUUAUUACAUACAGAUUCUAAUAAAGAAUAUUUUAAACACAAUAUUCAGUACAACCAUCACCAGCGGCUCGAUUUGAAUGACUCUACUCAUGCUGUGCCUGAAGAAUCACAGCGGGAAAGUGAAAAGCAAACAAGAGAGGAGCUCCCCCUGCUGGUCUGGAGAGAAGAAGCAGAAAAACACAAUCACCAAGCAAACACUAGCUCACAGUCUAAAUCCUCCUCUUCUGCCCUUUGGGUUCUCCGUCGCUUUGCAGAAGGCACUUUGGUGGAGCUCGAGGGCGGCCGGCUGAAGCGGGUGGAGGAUUUAAAGAUGGAGGAUUUGGAUCUGUGUGCUCAGUUACAUCCUGAGCUGACACUGAAGCGUUUCACUGUGUUGAAGAUGACUCCCUCACAGACCCCAACGCUCUCAUGUUUACAUGUGGAGAUUGAGCAUGACCACUCACGGUUGUCACUGGAGGUGAGUGAAGGGCUACCCUUCUUCGUUUGCGGUCAUGGCUGGUCCUCCUGUAACCCUCAACAUACAAGUCAAACCUGCAGACUACAAUGCCGCCAACUAAAGGUGGGUGACGUGUGCCUGGCACUGACGCAUAUGCCCGCAUCUUCAUCUAAGCCUGCCAAUCAGAGCCUAGCUGAAGUUGGUGGAGAUCACGCGGUCCCAAAGUGUCAUGCCGAAAACAACCCCACAAUGCAGAAAAAACAUCAAUCAAGAAAGAGACACUUCACAGCUCCUGAACUCAGGGAAAUUUCCAAGAUCAUAACCAAAUGCUCUCCCCUGAUACCGCCCACCUGCUGGCCUGGCCGCUCUUCACAGGCGAGUGAUGACUCUGAUACUGCAGGUGGACACACUGACCCUUGAGAUGACCCACACACAUUCGCACUCUUCACAACAAAGGGUUCAUUCACUAAUGGUGUGUACGUAAAUCCUGUGUGUGAACA